AUGACUCCUGUAAAAGUUCUCAGUUGCACUACGAAGGUCCUGCAUUUUGGGCUUGGGGACCAGUUCUACAAGGAAGCGAUUGAACAUUGCCGUAGCUACAACUCAAGGCUGUGUGCAGAGCGGAGCGUGCGUCUCCCCUUCCUUGACUCCCAGACUGGCGUGGCCCAGAACAACUGCUAUAUUUGGAUGGAAAAGAGGCAUCGGGGACCAGGCCUAGCUCCAGGGCAGCUGUACACAUACCCUGCCCGCUGCUGGCGCAAGAAGAGGCGACUGCACCCGCCUGAAGAUCCGAAGCUGAGGCUGCUGGAGAUAAAACCUGAAGUGGACCUGCCAUUGAAGAAAGAUGGGUUCACAUCAGAAAGCACCACACUGGAAGCCUUGUUACGAGGUGAAGGAAUUGAGAAGAAAGUGGAUGCCAAAGAAGAAGAGAGCGUCCAGGAAAUACAGAGGGUUCUGGAAAAUGAUGAAAACAUAGAAGAAGUGAAUGAAGAGGAGGAUUUAGAAGAAGAUACUCCAAAACGAAAGAACAGGACCAGAGGACGGGCCCGUGGUUCUGCAGGUGGCAGGAGGAGGAAUGAUGCUGCCUCUCAGGAAGACCAAGAUAAACCGUACGUCUGUGAUAUCUGUGGCAAGCGUUAUAAGAACCGGCCAGGGCUCAGCUAUCAUUAUGCUCACACACACCUGGCCAGUGAAGAAGGGGAUGAAGCCCGGGAGCAAGAAACGAGAUCCCCACCUGUCCACAGAAAUGAAAACCACAGACCCCAGAAAGGACCAGAUGGGACUGUCAUUCCCAAUAAUUACUGUGACUUCUGCUUGGGAGGUUCAAGCAUGAACAAAAAAAGUGGCCGGCCAGAGGAACUAGUGUCCUGUGCAGACUGUGGACGCUCUGGUCACCCCACCUGCCUGCAGUUUACCCUGAACAUGACUGAGGCUGUCAAAACCUACAAGUGGCAAUGCAUUGAGUGCAAAUCCUGCAUACUCUGUGGAACCUCAGAGAAUGAUGACCAGCUGCUCUUCUGUGAUGACUGUGACCGUGGCUAUCACAUGUAUUGUUUAAAUCCCCCCGUGGCUGAGCCCCCUGAAGGGAGCUGGAGUUGCCACCUGUGCUGGGAAUUGCUCAAAGAGAAAGCAUCCGCCUUUGGCUGCCAGGCCUAG